AUGACAGUCUCGACUCCUUGUGAAAAACGAUUUAGAGAAUUACAGGAUCUUGCCCUAAAACACUUUAAAGAAACUGUAACGAUGGAUCAUGACGGGAGGUAUAAAGUUUGCCUUCCAUGGUUAGAUGGACACAUACCUCUUGCCGAUAAUAAAUCCUUGACAGAAAAAAGAUUAAAGAACACGAUAAGGUCUUUAAAAUCAAUUGACAAACUUAAAGAUUAUGAAAGGAUUUUUAAUGAAUGGGAAUCUGAAGGGAUUAUUGAGAGAGUUGGCGAGCCUGAAGCCUCUUCAACGUCGAAUGUUAGUUAUUUACCCCAUAGGGCUGUAUUUAAAGAACAAUCUACUACGAAAUGUAGACCCGUUUUUGACGGCUCAGCUCACACUCGAAACUCUGUUUCCAUUAAUGACUGUAUUGAAAAAGGCCCUAAUUUAAUUUAA